AUGGUGAGCCAGGGUGGAAUACGGAUGGAACGGGGUUAUAUUUUUGGAUUCUGUUGCCUGGUUCUGUUGGAUCCAGGACAGGUUUGGACUGGAGCUCCCAAGACCCAGAAAACUGGGUUGGAAAUGCAGAUGCAGAUGAACAUUAAUACCAGCUCAGUUCCUUCCUCGGAGGACACUGCUAUGAACCCCACUGAGGCCAUUCCUGGGGGCGAUCAGUGCCGUGGUUACUAUGAUGUUAUGGGUCAAUGGGAUCCUCCGUUUAAUUGCAAUUCAGGGAUCUACAAGUUCUGCUGUGGGACCUGUGGAUACCGCUUCUGCUGCCAGUUCACAACUGGGCGACUGGACCAAAGUGGCUGUUCCAAUUAUGGCACACCACAAUGGAUUAGCAUAGACCAACCACCACAUCGAGUGGAUGAGACCCCUGAGAAUCCAACCAGGGACAAGACCAAUAUGAUUGUUUACAUUAUAUGUGGUGUGGUGGCAGUCAUGGUACUGGUGGGCAUCUUCACCAGGUUGGGGCUGGAGAAAUCACAGAGCCCUCAGGCAGAGAUGACCAUAUCCAGAACACUCACCGAUCUGCUGAAGCAGCCAGGUCACGGCACGUCUGACCUCUUGCCUGAUGGCCACGUUGGCAGUGUGCAGGUCCAGAUCAGCGAUGGGCUUUCUAGAGGAUCUCCCAGGAAUAGCAAAGACAAGAAUCAUCUGAACAAUGCUGUGGUUAACCCUGCCACUGCCCCACAGCUUGGACUGCCGCAUUCACACAACAACUGGUUGCAAAUGGCGAGCACUAUGCCGCACAAGGCGCCUGACUAUGCCAAAUAUGCGACUCUGAAGGCUGUAGAAAGUGCUCCUGAAGAAUUCUACAAGCAUUUCCCCAUGGUGGAUAUGCCGCCAGCAGGCACCCUGUCCUUCCCUCCCUUGGCGCUACAUCAGAAAGAUAUCUCGCCUCUCCAAGACGGCUGUGCAAUGAUUGGCUUGGCGACACCUGGGCAAAAGGCCAAAGUGAUGAAAACCAAUGCCCACACUCUAGCAAGCAGCCCUGCCUUCAAAGGGGGCUGGGAGCACAGCCACUCUGACCUUCGGCGACAGGCCUACACCACCAAGCGUCAGUUCAGUGUUGAGAAGUUGCCAGAAGCAUUCAGCCAGACACCAACUCACUACAGCCAGCAACAACGGUCCUUCCCCACCAACAGCAAGACAGAGGUCACUGUCUAGAACAGAGCUGCUUUUUGUUCUUGUAUUCUCCUCAUUACUUUGAAAUGUUCCGGCAGCCUGGGAGGUGGGGGUGUUCUUGCCAAAGUAGAACACUUGAUGUUGACAUAUCAGAAUAAUUCUCCACUGGCACUGCUAGUUUCUAUGAGAGAAGUGUAAAGAAAGAAGAGUGGCUGGUAGUAUUACUGAGCCACCCAUGGCUCCUACCAGAACUUCUCCAUUUGGUGUGGCCCUCUGUUUUCUGUGUCCUGACAGAACUUGGUCAGCAUGCAUGGUGAAACCGGCAUGCAUGUUGCUCUGUGAUUUGAUGCACGGCCGUUGUUUCUCUUCCGUCUCUUUGUUACAUCACAUAUACACACCAAAAUGGUUAAUGUCAACAGAAACCUGAGGGAACCCUCCCCCACCACUGUUUGGGUAAAGGGGAAAUAAAUAUGUUUCUGCCCUGUCCUGCCAUCCCAAGAAGGAAAGCCAUCAGUGUUCAGACACAUCACAAGACAAACUCUUGCAAUAAUUAACCAUCUAGUACAUCGUGUUUGCACAUUAUGCCCAGUAUUACAUUCCUUUUUUACUGUGCUUAAGCAAAUGCAAAAAAACAAGCGGGGGGGGGACAUAAAACUGACAGUAGAGUCAAAGUGUACCACAGGGAGUUGUCAAGGGCUGGAAGAAAACUUUUACAGAGUUUCCUUCAUUCUUCCCUUGAUUCUUGUCCUAUUCCUGCAGACUUUCUGGUUUAAGGCCCAUUUGUUAUUGUCUCUUCUUGCAUAUAAAUCUGUGCCACUGGCAUGUUCUCUUCCAUUGUUCACUGAGCAUUGAGAAAAUGUUCUGCAGGGAUACUUCCCCCAAGUGUGAGAAGGCUUGUGCUGAAUGCCUGGCAUGAAAGCACCUUUAACGGCUGAUGGGGGAGAAUAUAGGUCGGAUUUGUGCAUAUCAUUUGUUACCUACUCAAUGGAGCCUUCCUGUGAAAACAUCGGCCAG